AUGUGUGUAUCAAAAUUAAGGAGUGGCGUGAGAAUAAAUGCUAUAAAUCAAAUUUUAGAAAAUGGAUAUUUUUUAACCUUCAAGAAACAUGUGUCUGUAUUAGCUAACGAAUUAAGAAGUGGAAAUAUAUUUUUACACAAUGAUAAAUAUUGUGAAGUAACAGAACAAAGACAAAUAAAACAAGGGAGAUUAGCCACAACAAAUAUGAUAUCAUACAUCGAUUUAAGCACAUUGAAAAGCGCUUCAGUAAAGUUCGCUUGCCAAUCGAAAGUAGAAAAAAUAGAACCAAUAAAAGUGAAUGUACAAAUACAAUACACUGAUAAGCAAAAAAAUUUAGUCGUAUGCUUAGAUGAAAAUUAUGAAGAUUUGGAAAUUCCUUUAAACAUAUUUGGGGUAUCUGAAGAAUAUUUAGAACCAGGUUUAAAAAUAAGUGUUUAUAAACAUGAAGAAAAAAUAAUAAAGGUUAAUUUACCAGCAUCCUUAUUAGCAACAUUGAGAAAAAAAUAA